UCGUGGAAUCGUGCCGGGGGCUCGGAGCACACGGGCAUAAGAACACCGUGUACGUACCGGGCUUGCGGAGCACCGGUCUGCGCACAGCCAUCCCGGCGCCGCUGUACGCACGCGCCCCGCAGCUCCUGGCUGACGCCGGCAUCAGCCUCCGCCGCAGGAAGCCACCGCACACCGCCAGCACCAUGCCCCGCAUAGAUGCAGACCUUAAACUCGACUUCAAGGAUGUUCUGCUGCGACCUAAGCGGAGCAGCCUCAAGAGCCGAGCCGAGGUGGAUCUUGAGCGAACCUUUACAUUUCGAAACUCAAAGCAGACCUACUCAGGGAUUCCCAUCAUUGUGGCCAACAUGGACACUGUGGGGACAUUUGAGAUGGCUGUGGUAAUGUCACAGCACGCCAUGUUUACAGCCGUUCACAAGCAUUACUCCUUGGAAGACUGGAGACGUUUUGCGGAGAACCACCCCGAGUGUCUGCAGCAUGUAGCUGUGAGCUCGGGCAGUGGGCAGAAUGAUCUGGAGAAGAUGAGCCGCAUCUUGGAAGCUGUGCCUCAGGUGAAGUUCAUCUGCCUGGAUGUGGCCAACGGGUAUUCGGAACACUUUGUGGAGUUUGUGAAACUGGUCCGAUCCAAAUUUCCUGAACACACCAUCAUGGCAGGAAACGUGGUGACAGGAGAGAUGGUGGAGGAGCUCAUUCUCUCUGGAGCAGAUAUCAUCAAAGUGGGAGUUGGACCGGGUUCUGUGUGCACUACCCGAACCAAGACAGGAGUGGGCUACCCCCAGCUGAGUGCCGUAAUAGAGUGCGCUGACUCUGCCCAUGGCCUCAAGGGGCACAUCAUCUCUGAUGGAGGCUGUACAUGUCCAGGAGAUGUCGCCAAAGCCUUUGGUGCCGGCGCAGACUUCGUCAUGCUGGGAGGCAUGUUUUCAGGCCACACCGAGUGUGCAGGAGAGGUGAUCGAGAGGAACGGGCAGAAGCUGAAACUCUUCUAUGGCAUGAGCUCUGACACAGCCAUGAAGAAACACGCGGGGGGAGUCGCUGAGUACAGGGCCUCUGAGGGCAAGACUGUGGAAGUGCCUUACAAAGGGGAUGUGGAAAACACAAUUCUGGAUAUCCUGGGAGGACUGCGGUCUACCUGUACCUAUGUAGGGGCUGCCAAACUCAAAGAGCUCAGCAGGAGGGCGACGUUCAUCCGGGUGACCCAGCAGCACAACACAGUGUUCGGCUAACCUCAGGGAUGCAGAGAUGUUGAGCUGAGUGGAAACCACUUCCCACCAUGCUUCUCCCGUCCUCCUUUUGUCUGUCCCAGUGGGCUGGCUGCGCUGCUGCAUGGUGGAACAGUGCCACCGCUGAUGCUGACAUCGAGUCCUUGUCCCGAUCUUGCACCCAGAGGCCUUGGGGCUUGCCCUGGUGCGUGUGUGGAGCCCAGAAGCAGGGUGCUUGUGGGGCCCUGGGCCAGCAUCUAGAACUCAUUGCCUCCUCGUUUCAACCAACCUUUGUACCCUUAUCCUUCCACCUUUGCUUUCUUUCUAAAGGACAAUUGUUUCACUUUUAAUAGAAUGCUGUGGUCUUGAUUGA